AUGUUUGCAUGCGUGCGUGUGUGUCUCCCAGAGAUGAUCACCCGCAAGAUCGACAGCCUGUCGGCCAAUACUCAGGCUCUGCUAAGAGGCCAGAACGAGAUGCGCAGUGCAAAUGCUGAGAUCCGCGCCGCACUGGCAGACCUGAACAGGAUAUUUACCAUACGAUAUGCCGACAUUCCAAAACUCACUGACAGACUGGACUCUGCACUGAAGAGAGUUACCGACCAGAACGCCAUUGUGAAGGUGACUGGUGGCUGCAUGGCACGGGACAUGGGUCCCGUCGGGCAUUGA